CGCUCGACUGAAUGCUGAAGAGGUUACAGGGAGCGUGGCGUCACUGUGGGAACCAAGAGGCUGAUCUACUCUCAGAGGAGGUUCAAGGAGUCGUAGUUCAGUCUCUCUCUCCGUCUCUCAGAAGGCACCACUCUGCUUUGAGCUCCACAAACGGACACUGUACUUUUUUUUUUUGCCCCGGUUUCUCCCGCACCGCCGGGCAGUCUGGCCGUCAGCAGCGCAUGGUGUUCGGUACUGCGGCUGUGCGCGCGCGGCUCUGACGGGGACGCUCUCACCGGUGCGCUGAUGGAGGGACAGGGACAGGGGCAGGGGCAGAUCAGUCGCUGUAAGAUCGUGGUGGUCGGGGACACUCAGUGCGGCAAAACGGCACUGCUGCACGUGUUCGCCAAAGACAGCUAUCCUGAGAACUAUGUGCCCACGGUGUUUGAAAACUACACUGCAAGCUUUGAGAUCGACAAACACCGAAUUGAGCUGAACAUGUGGGACACGUCAGGCUCUUCUUACUAUGAUAACGUGCGGCCGCUGGCGUACCCAGACUCUGAUGCGGUGCUCGUUUGUUUCGACAUCAGCAGGCCCGAGACUCUGGACAGUGUUACAAAGAAGUGGCAGGCUGAAGCUCAGGAGUACUGUCCCAAUGCUAAGCUAGUGCUAGUGGGCUGUAAGCUCGACAUGAGGACGGACGUCAGCACCUUACGAGAACUGUCCAAACAGCGGCUCAUACCUGUCACACACGAACAGGGCAGUCUGAGGGCACGGGAACUCGGUGCUGUGGCAUACGUCGAGUGUUCAUCACGCAUGUGCGUAAACAGCGUGCGAGAUGUCUUUCACAUCACCACUCUCGCCUCCGUCAGGCGUCCCGGCCUCAAACGCAGCUCCUCUCGCCGCACCCUCAAGCGUAUAUCCCAUCAGCCUCUGCUGCCAAUCAACUCCCGCACCACACCCCUCGAACCCUCCCCUACACUCAGGAAGGACAGAGCCAAGAGCUGCAACGUCAUGUAGAACAAAAUGCAGCAAACCCACAAACAAAUAAACACAGCUGUGCCCUGUCCUUCUAAACUGGAUUUCUCACAGCUGUGGUCUAUUAUGAAAUUACUAUUCUAUGCUUUUACGCUGUAAAAAAAAUGCGCUAAAGAUUGCCACAGAGGACUACUUAUUGACCAUGAAGUUGUCGUUUAUUAUUUUGUCACUGAAAGGGAAAAAGAAUAGAGAUUUUAUGGGAUUAUAUGUGUGAGCAGGUUUUUAUUCACAUCUUUGUUUGAAACUACUUGUGUUUUUAAUUCAGUGGUAUAGUCUCACAGAUGUCACAAUGUCAUACACAGAGUUAACUCACACACUUUGAAUCACUACAAUCCUCAGUAACUCUGUUAUUCACCUCAGUAACUCUAAUGGGAAUUGGCUGUCACAGGUGAUAGCGCUUCACUCUUAGGGAAUUAUGCACUCCAGAAAACGACACUGGGUCAGAAUGCCAAAAAGGUCAUUUUAUUUCUGCACUUGAAGCCACAUGAUGAAGGACCUGAGGAGAACUGGCUGACAAAGUGAGAUAGACGUGUAAUCACAGAACUACUGAUGCCUGGAGCAGCCCUGGAGCCUAAUCAUGCCUUGAGAUUAACUCACUGACUCGUUACAGACUCUAAAAUGGACAAUGCAGUUCAAGCCUUUCAAGUUAUAAGGCCACACAAGCAUUAAAAGUUACAUAGCCACCAUGACUUUUUAUUCAUCCUGUCCUAAACCUCUUUAUGAUUUUGCUUAAGACAUAUUUAAGAUGAGCUCACACUAAUUGUAUAUUUCUGCCCACAAUAAACUCUCAAGGGAGAGGAAAAAGUCAAGAAAAA